CAAUUUUCAGAAUGACUCCCGUCACUAGCAUUCCUCACAGAAUUUUCGACAUUUGGAGAACUCCAAUAAACAUCAACACUUGUCGCAGUUUCUUGAAUAUCCACAAGUUACAGUGCUCAGAUUGCAGUUCAAAGUUCGAUUCGGAAAUCCCAUUUAUUCAGCAUAUUGAUGAAUGUCUCGAAAAUGCAAAACGCGAUUUGAAUUAUCACAUGCACAUGCACGGAAAUCGUCUUUUAAUGAUGACUCAACGUGUUUCUGAAUUGUAUGAAGCAUCUGAGUGCAAGAAGUGUGGAAUGUGUAUGGAACGUUUCAACGAAGAAGCCAAAGUGAUUAUUCAUUCCAAACAAUGCACGAACUACAAAUCCGAGUACUCAACGUUCAUUCAAAAUUCAAAAGCUCUAUUUGGAAACAUGCUUACUUCAUAUGAUAGUCUCUGUAAUCUCUUCCAGUACUUUGAAACUGAUGAGCGCAUCAUUCAAAUUAGAGAGGAUCUAAAGCAGCCAUUGCCCGAAGGAGUUAUCCCAAAUUUGGAGCCUGUUGGACCUGAUCUUCAUUUCGAUGAACUCUCGGAGUACUUCAUUGAAAAGUACCAGGAUUACAUGAUUGACGUUUCGAAUAUGAUUGAUGUCGUCUUUGUUCGUUAUUUGAUCAAGAAACAGAAAGAUGAAAGAACUGGAAGUAUUGUCUACUCUUUCCCAACUAAAAGAAUGUCCAGAAGCAUUGAUCACAUGGAAGACGCUACUGACACAGAAACUUCCGAUGUUUCAGAGGAUGAGCAGGUGGAGGAAUCUGAUUGGGAUGAGUAUGAUUCUGAUAAAUUGGACGACGGAGAAGAAGAUAUCAACAAUGAAGGUAUGGAGAUCGUCUACGCUGCUGAUCAGGAAGUCAAUGAAGAAUCGUUUGAAUUUGAAGACUUUGACGAGGAAAUGAUUGAUGUCGAAACCAUGUAAAACUUCUCAAUUUAAAGAACAAAUUUUUGUUUUUGUUACAAAGCUACCAUUGCUGAACUGAGUUGUGCUCAGUAAAUUUGAAGUAAUUCCGUUUCAGAAAAUAACUUAUUUUUUGCUCCAUUCUUGUUCCAAUCUUAGUUUAUUCACUCAUUGAUCUCUUUGACUUAAUAUGCUUCUUGAUUCUCCUUCUCUCUUGAAUAACUUGCUUUGUAGUUUUUUGUUUGUUUGUUCACUUGUUCACAGCAUUGCACUGCACCUUUCUUUGCUUGAUUGUCAUUGCCUUAAUGAUUUAAAACCGCACUUUUACAAUAGCAUGAAAUAAAAUCACUUUUUACAUUUCUCAACACACAA